AUGUCUGCCGGUCUUGACAUGUCUCUGGAUGAAAUCAUCUCCAAGAAGAGACCAUCAAGAGGUAUUAGAGGUAGACCCACUCGAGCUAGUGGCAUUGUCAAACGUUCCGGUGGACCGAUCAGGAACUCGCGGCCACUCCAAGCUGGAUCUCGACCUUAUGGGGUACCAUCCGUAGCAACAUCCAACGUCGGCUCCGCACCUGAAGGAAAGAUUUUGGUAUCUAACCUUGCUUAUAAAGUCACAGAGGCAGACCUUUGGGAACUUUUCACAACUAUGAUCGGCCCCGUACGUCGAGUGAAUCUCAACUUCGAUAAAAAUGGACGAUCCAAAGGCACCGCUUCGGUUGUUUUCCAGAGAAGAGCAGAUGCCGUAAGAUCUGUUGAAAAGAUGCGGAAUAUUACUCUGGACGGACGUGAGAUAAAGAUCGAAAUAGUUGUCGCUCCGGGAACCAACAGUGGAGCCAACCCUAUUUCACAACGCAUCGGUAAUUUACAAGA